AUGGGGCCUCCUCUUUACCACCUAUCAGAUUUGGCCCUUCCCUCCUACCAAGGAGACCGCUGGAUUCGAACCCCCGAUAUCACUGCUAAGACCCUCCGACUCGCCCACUCGAGUCGCUUAGCCCUUCUUCAAAUUGGUGAUGAAGGUGCUUUAGGCUUAGGUACUGGUUUAGCUAAUUGUACUAAUGUCUCAAAUUUGACACUUGAUCUUCGUUGGAAUAAAAUUGGUGAUUAGGGUGCAUCAGGUUUAGGUUUUGGUUUAGCAAAUUGCUCCAAUCUCUCAAAUUUGUCACUUUAUCUCAAUUAAAAUUAAAUUGGUGCAAUGGGUGCAUAAGGCUUAGGUUCUUCUUUAUAAAAUUGUCCAAAUCUCUCAAAUUUAACAGUUGAACUUGAGACUAACUUCAUAGGUGCUAAUUCGCGAUUAGGAAUUGGAUUAUCAAGAUGCGAAAAUUUAAUAAACUUGAAUUUAAACUUUAGUAAAUGCUAAUUAAAAGAUGUUGGCACAUAAAAGCUAUGCGAUGGAUUAGUAAAAUGUAAUAAACUUGCAUUUUUGUAAAUAGACUUUACCAAAAAUAAGAUAAAAAAUGAAGGUGCCUCUAUAUUAGGGACUUGCCUAGAAAAUAUUGUCAAUCUUGAAUAUCUCUAACUCAAUUUAAAUGAAAACAGCAUUGAUAAGGGAGCUAAAGAUUUAGCUUUAAGCAUUUAAUAAUUAGGAAAUAGUCUUGAAGUUUUGGAUCUCUCAUUUUAUCGAAAUUAAAUGAAAUCUGAUUAUGAAAUUGAAACUGGCGCAGCUUUAUUGAAUAUACCUAAUCUCUAAAUUUUAGUUUUGAGCUUCGUUUAUAA